AUGGCUUAUGUCCAUGAUUCAAACGUUCAUUCUAUAUUUUAUCAGAGGCUUCAAAAAUAUCAUUUAAAGAAUUGUUUAGUUAAAACAUGGUUACAUAAUCGAAGAGCAGUUGAUAUCAUACAAGCAAUAAUAGAUAAUGAAAAUGAUCUGUUUACUGUAUGUCGAGCUAGUGGCAAACGUACUAAAGUGUUAGAAAUUUACUAUUUCAAUGACGAAAAAUUCAAUCAUUUUUCAAGUACUGUUGGCAUUGAUCAGAUAAUUCAAAAUAAUAUUCUACGAAUAGUAUUCGUGUUACAAUUGAAAGAUAACAAACAAUCAAGAGUACCCAGAACAACGCAAACAUCGAAACAUGACGAUGAACAAAGUGCAGAUAGUAGAGUAAAUACAUUAUCGAAACGUCAAAACAAGCAAGCAAUACAAUUUCAAGAAGAACUAAUCGAAAUGGUGAAGCAUCACAAUCAAGAAAAUGGAAUGAUUUCUGUUACAUGCAACAAAAUUGUUACUAUGGCAACAGACAAAAAUCAACAACACAUCAACAUUUUUGGCUAUUUCAAACUAGUCAAUGAUGUAGUACAACAAAUUCAAGAUUUACUGAACAAAUAUCGUUUAACAAAAUAUCAGUUGAAUGAAAUGACCUCAAUGCAAAUCGACUAUCUUAUAAAUGUCUGUCGACCAGAAUUGAAAGUGAUUGAGAAAGAAUUUCAAAACGAUCGUGCACACUUCAAUAUUCGACAACGUGCAUUUAAUGCACCACCACAAUUGAAAGAUGAAAUUGAAUCUCGGAUCAACACUUUAUUAUCACACAUAACAACGUGUACAUUCAAAACAACUGAAUUCUAUUAUGAUAUUGCCAAUCGAGCAAGCUUAGUUGUUAAAACCAUUGCUCAAAAUAAUCGUUGCAAUUGUGAUCUUAAAAUCGAAACAACACUAAAAGCAUGUACAAUACCAAAAGCAAUUGAAACUGCAUCGACGGCUUAUUCUGUUUCAAAACGAAUAAUUGAACAGUCCGAUUUAUUCUGUUCAUCAUCCAUGGUUCACCGACAAGCAACAUUAGCUAAUGGAUCAUUUGAAGUUCUUAUCGGCGAUAUAGCUGCACAAAAGGUCGACACAAUUGUUAUUCCAUCCGUAUCAUAUGGAUUAAAGGAAAGUCUUAUUGAACGAGCUGGGGAAAUUGUGCAACAACCAUUGGAAAAAAGUGGCAAGAAUUCACUUUCAUUCAUUACUGAAACAACAGCUGGUAGAUUGUGUUGCAAAAAGAUUCUAUUUGUAAAUUGGUCAUUAUCAGCAAUGAUGGUACCCAUCAAUGGAAAUAGCUUACGUGAAUCUGUGCGAAAAUUCAUAUCGAAGGUCAUUCAAUAUAUUGUCAUGGGAGAUAAGCAUUCGAAUAUGGAAACUCAAUCAAUUGCAUUUGCAGUUCCUGAUUCAUGCAGCGACGAAAAAAUUGUAGCCGAGGAAAUGAUCUAUGAGACACAGCGUCAAAUUCAAUCCUUAAAAUCAACAUGUUUAAAAGUCUCAUUCAUUCUCUUACCUGACCAGCAAACGUUACAUCAAGAAUUUUUAACAGUAAUUUCAACGAUGGAAAUAAUUGAUAAUAGUUAUGGAACUCUUUUUUAUCCAACAUCAAAACAUUUGAUUAGUUUGGGAAAACCGGAGAUAGUUGAAGACGAAAAGAAAAUUGUUCUUGAAAAAGCAGAAGUUGCUAUACGCGAAGCGAAAGAUCAGUACACAGAAGAUGUGAGAAACGAUCAAUAUGAACAAUAUUCUCCAAGUACAUAUAAUCAAAAAUAUGAAAGUGAAAACAAUGGAAUGGAACAACAGAUAUGCUUAAAUACUGAUGGUGAUAUUAAUAAUGCAUCAUUGCUAAUGUUGAAUGAAUUUCUGCAAAAUCCAAAACUAUCUCUUCGUCCCUAUACAAAACAAUCUUCACCAUGGACAACUAAUUCAUCCACAAAAGAAAAUUUGAAAUCACAUUUAGAAUUUGCACAACGUAUGAAAGAUAACGCAAAUGAAUUGGCAAGAUUAUGUGAGAUGAAUAUGAGUUUGAUACGAGAACAAUCAAAACAACAAAUUCAACCAUCUUUAACAGCUAUAUUUGCUUCAUAUACCGAACCUCAAGUGCAAGAAACAUUAAUAACAACAUCGAAAAAUCAAAUUCCAUCGAAGUUUUUGCAAAAAUCGUAUUAAUCUCAAGCAUUAUUAGGAUGUUUACAGAAAGCAAUGUCUGAUUCUUGUGUAUCAAGUGGUGAACAUGCAUGCGUACAGAAGCUGUUAAACUCAACAACAGAUAAUAAAUUCACUUUUUUAAUACAUAUGCAACAUGAUGUUCAUAAAUCUGUACUUGAUGCUAAUCGAUGUAAAACUGAAGUAUCAGAAGCUGAUCCAAUGCUGUCAUCAAAGUGA